UUACAUAUUUAAUUGCGUCGUCUUCCAGCAAUUUGCAGUAAUUUUGAUCGUUGGUUCGGUUAGAAAUGGAGCUGGAGCAGCACCGACCCGGCAACCCGGCGAUGACCUUCGACGAGGUCUCCAUGGAGCGCAGCAAGAGCUUCGUCAAGGCCCUGCAGGAACUCAAGAACUUAAGGCCUCAGCUUUAUUCUGCAGCGGAAUAUUGCGAAAAGUCCUAUCUUCAUAGCGAACAGAAACAAAUGGUACUGGAUAACCUGAAAGAUUAUGCUGUACGGGCCCUUGUUAAUGCCGUUGAUCACCUUGGCACUGUGGCUUACAAGUUAACUGACCUUCUUGAUCAGCAAACCUCAGACGUCUCAACCAUGGAUCUGAAAGUUACUUGCCUAAAUCAGAAACUUCUUACAUGUCAAACAUACAUGGAUAAAGAAGGGUCGAGGCAGCAUCAGUUGUUGGCCUUCAUUCCGAGACAUCACAAGCACUACAUUUUACCAAAUUCCAUGAAUAAGAAGGUACAUUUUAGUCCACAUGUACAGACUGACACUAGGCAACAUCCUUAUCAAGCAAGAGCACAUCUUCAGUUUUCAAGCGCUGCUGCAUCAAAAACUCUUUCUUGGCAUUUAGCUUCAGAAACGAACUCAACCUUGAAGGGGACUCCACAGGCUCAGACUAGCAUUGGAGACACAAAAAUUUCCGUUAACACUGCUGGUGUUUUCCAGCUUGUAGAAAAUGAAGAAGGGAGUGCCUCUAAAUCCUUGGCAACUCAGCUUCAGCAACCAAGUGGAUUACCUACUUCUGGCGGGGUUAAGCAAACAUUGGGUCCUGGACACAGGGAAGCAGUAGAUGGUUCGAAACCAAUGACGGCGUUCAGGUCAUUUGAGAACCCAAGACGGGACACAGUGCGUGUCCCUGUUCGCAGCAAAAGUGUGCUAUCAGCGUUCUUUGCCAAACAGAAAUCGAAUAAGCUGCAGGCUGGAUCCGUCUCGUGAGACCUCAUUAAAACAAACAAGUUAAAGAUGCUGACACCCACAUUGUGUGGGUCAAUUUGCCUGUAAAUCCCCUUGGCCGUUAGUUUAUCAAUUGCUUGAAAUCAAAAUUCUUGUUUCUUUUUUCCCCGGGCUGCUUAAUAACGAGCAAAUUGUGCACAGAAGUCCCUGUAAUGAAGUGGUUGGGGAACUGUCUAGUUGUAGAAUGCUGCACCUCAUAAUUAUCUCAUUGGUUUCUGGUAUCUUACUGAAUUAUCCGCUUUUAGGCUAGACUACGUCUAAAGAUGUGUUUGAUUGACCGGUU